ACGGGAUUUGGGUCCGCGGCCGCCAUCGCGCUUUGCUGUUAGGGCUCCGAGGCGGCAGAGAGCCGGCGGCCAGCGAGGAAUCGCGUUCUUCUCUCCCGGCGCAGACCCCAUAAGAUUUGGAUAUGUCCUUCAUAUUUGACUGGAUUUACAGUGGUUUCAGCAGCGUGCUACAGUUUUUAGGAUUAUAUAAGAAAACUGGUAAAUUGGUAUUUCUUGGAUUGGAUAAUGCAGGAAAAACAACAUUGCUACACAUGCUGAAAGAUGACAGACUUGGACAACAUGUCCCAACAUUACAUCCUACUUCAGAAGAAUUAACCAUUGCUGGCAUGACCUUUACAACUUUUGAUCUGGGUGGACAUGUUCAAGCUCGAAGAGUGUGGAAAAACUACCUUCCUGCUAUCAAUGGUAUUGUAUUUCUGGUGGAUUGUGCAGACAAUGAAAGGCUGCUAGAAUCAAAAGAAGAACUUGAUUCACUAAUGACAGAUGAAACCAUUGCCAACGUGCCUAUCCUGAUUCUUGGAAAUAAAAUCGAUAGACCUGAAGCCAUCAGUGAAGAGCGGUUAAGAGAGAUGUUUGGUUUAUAUGGUCAGACAACAGGAAAAGGCAAUGUGUCUUUGAAAGAACUGAAUGCCCGGCCCUUAGAAGUUUUCAUGUGCAGUGUGCUCAAAAGGCAAGGUUAUGGAGAAGGCUUCCGCUGGAUGGCUCAGUACAUUGAUUAACUGCAACCCACAUCAAUUCCAGGUCUCGCCAUUCAGGCCUACUCAGAGAUUUGAUCAUUCAACAUGCAUAACUUGAAUUCAAUAGACUUUUGUUGGUUAGAAAACAGAUGUUUUUUAGAUUAUUAAUAUAUCAACUUAAUUUGAGUGAGAAUUGAAAACUGAUUCCAAGAAGUUUGACUAUGACAAUGUUAGCUUUCUAAUUCCAUAAAAAAAUAAUUAGUUUUUAUAGUUUAUAAUCUGACAUUACCCACAGCACCAUUUAUAAAGAGUAAUUUUCAUCAGUACACUUGAAGCACUUUUUAACAUGAAACUACAAAUAUAAACCAUAUUUAAAAUCUCAUGUUAAAUUUUUAUAUACUUUUUUGGAACUUGUUUUUAAAUUUUAGAUUAUAUGUCCACUUAACUGUAUAGUUCAUAAUCAGUUUAUUGAUCAUUGCAUGAUGCCUUACAGUUGUCAAUAACAUUUUUUCAUAUAUAAAAUAAGUAAGACAAACUAC